AGCCAACUAAGCCAAUGGACCUGCGAAGUCAGUGGAGAUAUUGUACAUGUCCUUGUGCUGGCCCGGACUCUGGUUCAGUUUCACGAUUGUUAUUCAGAUAGGUUGUUGCUAAAAUUAGUGUAGGUGGUUUUAGGUCAGCUGAAGAAGUGCCGUAAUUGGAACGUAUAAUUGUUAUGAAUUGACUCGGGUAGGCUAUGGAGCUGUACCAAGCGAAACCAAGCGGCGACUGUAGGCUAUUAGCGCUAUAGCUUCAGUCACCAGUUUUUUUUUGUUUGUUUUAAGAUUCACGAAAAUGUGUCGUUUGAGAAACUAUUACAAUCAAGGACAGGGUAUGGUUCCAGCAGCCUAAGGUAGCUUUCUAGGUAGAUCUGUCAUUCUUAUUGCGCUGUUUAUUUGCGGGUUUAUAUAUUGCUGCGUUUCUGGUGCAUGCUACCUAAAGCUAUAUGACAAUGUUUCCUGCAUGCUAUUCAAAAUCACCGAAUGGCGUGUUUCGAAAGACGUCUUUCACGACCCUCAUUGCCGGGGUGUUCGUCCUGUACGUUCUACACACUUGCUGGGUGAUCUACAGCAUCCUUUACACCAGACCCUGUGGCCAUAACAAACGCGAAAAUUGCAUCGUGUCGUACAUGACAGAAGCACCACGACUUCAGUUAAGCAUUUACACAUCUGUGAAACCAAGCGAAGAUGAUGGGCACAGUCUCAUUCUCAAGAUGGAGGACUUUGACAUACAUUCCAGUUUUGAAAGGACCCUGAAUGUCUUCCUGCCGUUGAAGACCCGCAGCAAUGGGACACUCUAUAUUCUGGUGUUCCUGCACCAGGCUGGUGUGUCUCCCUGGCAGGACAGCAGACAGGUGAACCAUGUGGCCCCGCUCACCACCUACAUGCUGCCCAAAGCCCCCAAGAUCAGAUUCACUUCUGACCAGGCGCCUCUACAGCUGGAGGAGCAGCAGAAGCAUUUGGAUGAUUCAGCGGCAAAUCAGAGGCCUGUCUCUCACUGGCACUCACGUCUCUCCUUUAACGUGGUAGCGGAGGACUUCUCCUUUGACCAGGGGGCCCUGCCCAGUGAUGUCCAGCGUUACCUGAGAGUAUUUCAGGAUGGAAAAAAGACGAUGUACCUUCCAAUCCUCUUCAUCAAUGAGCUCAGAAACAGGGUGAAGGACUUAAUGGUGAUGAACAGCACGACAGCCAACCUGCCACUGACGAUAUCGUACCACAGCAUCUCUCUGGGAAAGCUGCGCUUCUGGAUUCACAUGCAGGAUGCUGUCCACUCCCUGCGCUACUUUGGCUUUACUGAACAGGAUACAGAUGAAAUGAAAGGAAUCUUUGUGGACACCAAUCUGUAUUUCUUAGCACUGACGGUUUUGGUGGCUGCGUUUCAUCUCCUUUUUGACCUUCUGGCCUUUAAAAAUGACAUCAGCUUUUGGAAGAAGAAGAAGACCAUGGUGGGAAUGUCCAGUAAAGCAGUACUUUGGAGGUGCUUUAGUACCAUUGUGAUCUUCCUGUACCUCCUUGAGGAGCAAACCAACCUGUUAGUUCUCUUUCCUGCUGGCGUGGGCUCUGUAAUUGAGGUUUGGAAGGUCAUGAAGGCCUACAGGAUUCAGGUUUUGUGGUCUGGCAUGAAGCCCAUUUUCCUAUUUGGAAACUCCAGUGAAUCGGAGAAAAAGACUGAAGAACACGACACUCAGGCAAUGAAGUAUUUGUCCUUCUUACUAUAUCCAUUGUGCUUUGGAGGAGCCAUAUACUCCUUGAUAUAUGUAAAAUAUAAAAGUUGGUACUCAUGGUUAAUUAACAGUCUUGUUAUUGGAAUUUAUGGUUUUGGAUUCCUCUUCAUAAUACCGCAGCUUUUUGUUAAUUAUAAGCUAAAAUCAGUGGCACAUUUACCCUGGAAGGCAUUAAAGUAUAAAGCAUUCAAUACCUUCAUUGAUGACAUCUUUGCCUUCAUCAUCACCAUGCCAACCACCCACUGGCUGGCCUGCUUUAGGGAUGAUUUAGUUUUCCUCAUCUACCUGUACCAGAGAUGGCUUUACCCAGUGGACAAGACCAGAGUAAAUGAGCACAGAGUGUUUCACAGUCAGAAGGCCAAAGGAAAAACCCACAAAGACUAACACUGUCCAUAUCCAAUCACCAAGGGGAGGAAUGUGGAGCAAAAGUAAAUCAGUGACUUCUUUGGAUGCUGAUUUCAGCAGAGGGACAUUUGAAGGCUUCUAUAACAGGAAGCUGAAGGCAUUAUGAUUGAUCAGCCUGUUGGGAAAAUCUUGUGCAAAACCUCUCUUCCACAACCAGCUGUAACAUUGCUUCCACUUGCAUUGAAAAAACUUUCUACUUUUUUAACUACUCCAUAAAAUCUGGCAGAACAGAUUAUGUGUUUUUCCGUUAAGACUCUAGAAAGAACAGUUCUGUCCAUCAAUUGACUGCAGUUAUUUUUUGUCAUGUAAACACUUACAUUGCUGAAAUGCAUUUUCAAUCAUGUAUGUAUAUUGGUUUAAAUUUCUGGAAAUGCAAGCUUAUAUUGAUAAGCUCUAUGAAUAUCAUAAAGCCUUAAGAAUGUGUAGCUAGUAAUACAGUCUUUUUCAAUGUCAUAAUGACCACUUAAAGAGCAUUACCUCAGCAGCCAAUUCAUUGUACAGCAUAGUAAAGAAAAACUACAAAACUCAAACAGCAGCUAGAAAAAUACUGUAAACUGGAUAAAUGGCUAAUAUAUAUAAUGUUAAUAUACUGUCUUGCAUUUAUCUGAUGAAGAUACUGCUGAAAAGAAUUCAUAACUGACAAAUGUAUCUAGGGGAUUUAGUGGUUGGUUGGGUGAGGUGAUCCUGGAUCAGCAUUUACAUUUUUUUAUUUUUUCAAAUCAGCAUUUGGAUGCAACUUACUGGAAAAAGGUAGGAAGAUUUUUUUUUGAAUGAAGUUGAAUGUCCUGCCCAAAAAUGUCCUCUUUUCGACAAGUGCCUGGUUUUCUUGUGAAGCUAAGGCCUUUUAAUCUGACGGUGGGCACUGUUUAAAAUCAGUCAUCCAUUUUUAAAGACAUAAAAUCCUGAAAAUAAAAUGGCUUCAGUCUCUGAA